AUGUCAUCCAGCGUUGUGAUUGUGGGUGACUCCAUCUGUGGAGGGGAAGCAGAUCAGAAGCUGAGCACAAGCUCCGAAGAAGUGUAUCUUCGCGGAUUUAACACUUUUGCAGGGAAUAACCCCAGUGACCUGGCUCUGUUCCACGAAGGGGCUGGCGAAAUUGUGGCUGCCAUCAGUGGGCACAUAGAGGUAACCGAUCGCGUGAUUUCGGUGAAGGGGCUGCUACCGCGGUACCAGCCAGAAAUUGGGGAUGUUGUAGUGGGGCGGAUCUUGGAAGUGACAGGAAACAAGUGGCAAGUUGAUGUGAACUCCACUCAAACGGCAAUUAUGCUGCUUUCAAGCGUAACGGAGCCUGGAGGCAUACUGCGGCGACGAGGCCGCGGUGACGAGCUCGGGAUGCGCCAGAUCUUCGACCAAGAUGAUCUGGUUGCGGCAGAGGUUCAACGCAUCUCUCCGGAUGGUGUGAUGUCACUGCACACGCGUGCAGCGGAGAAGUAUGGUCGACUGUCAGGACUGGGCAUUUUGGUGAGUGUGCGUCCCUCGUUGGUGAAACGCGCGAAGCACCAGUUUGUAGAACUUGCCGACUACAGCACGCAACUGAUCAUCGGCAUGAAUGGUAACAUAUGGAUUUCCUCGAUGCAACCCUCUGCUAGCGACGCGGAGGAGACGGAGCACGCCGCUGACGCACGUCAAAACGUGGCGCGUGUUGCAAACUGCAUCAAAACUAUGGGUGCGGCGCAAGUUCAGAUUCACCCAGCAUCGAUAGAGGCCAGUGUCGCGGCGUCAUUGGAGGCAGGCUUGUCGGCGUUUGAAGUCUCGCUUGAAAGGCACAGGGAUGCGCUUUUGGCACGCGUUGCUGACAUGGUAGGAAUUCAACACCGCCGCCCCACUGGCAGCGGCGCUUCCGCGGGAAUGCUGGUGUAG